AUGUCUAGGGAAUCUGAUCACGCAUUCAAGGCUGAUGGGGAGAUUGCCUCCUAUCCAAUACUCAUAAUUGGGGCUGGGAUAUCCGGCAUUGCAGCAGGUUGUCAAGUGAAACGCACACUUGGGGUUAAAGACUUUGUGAUCUUUGAAAAAAACAAUGACAUCGGCGGAACUUGGUUUACGCAUCGCUACCCUGGUGUUGCCUGCGAUGUUCCUGCAAUCCUUUAUUCAUUUUCGUUUGCCCCAAAUUAUAAUUGGUCGACAUUGAGGCCGUCAGGAAGGGAAAUCUGGAAGUAUCUCGCGGACGUCUGUGAGCAAUACCACCUUUCAGAUAACAUUCACCUGAACACGGAAGUCACCGAACUUCAUUGGGACGAAGAAACACUAGAGUGGGAGGUAAAAUUUCAACGUCAUCCAAGCCUUAGGAAGGGUACCAUUCGAGCCAAAAUUGUCUUGACUGCUGUCGGAAAACUGGUCAACCCAAAGACAUCUGAAGAUAUUUUGCAGGACGUCCAUGGCGUUGAAACCUUCCAAGGAAAUGUCAUCCACACAUCACAAUGGAAUGAAUCACUGGAUAUCCGCAAAAAGAAUGUUUUGGUCCUUGGCACGGGCUGCUCCGCGGCACAGAUCGUACCUCAACUGUUGGGAACAGACUUGGGAGCUGAUUCUGUGACCCAAUUGAUGCGAUCUCCUCCCUGGGUUGUUCCAAACCAUCUCUCUAAGAAGCACAUUGGCUGGUGGGAGAGAUUCAUGCCCUCCCUCACGCGCAAUAUUCCUGGAUUCGCACAACUUGUUCGAGCAACUAUUUUCGUUAUAACGGAAACCAACUAUUUUCGUUUCAUAAGACCAGGCGUUAACGCCCGGAUUCGUCGAGCACAGAAAGCGAAAGCACUUCUCUCUCAUAUGAAACGAGAGGUUCCAUCCCAAUAUCACCAGAUUCUCACGCCUCAUUAUGAAAUGGGUUGCAAGCGACUCGUUCAUGAUGAUGGGUGGUUUCACUGUCUUCAUGAUUCAAGGGUAGAACUUUCCACGCUAUCACUCAAGAGCCUGGGCCCCAAAGUGGGUGUUUUAGGGGACGAGGAUGAACAAAUCACAAUACCACUCGACGCAAUUAUUCUCGCGACAGGCUACGAUACAUCGACAUUGCUGCAGCCUAUGCGCAUUAUUGGACGAAAUAGGAUAGACCUCCAUGAGCUUUGGAAGAGGCGAGGAGGACCACAGGCCUACAUGGGGGUGGCACUUGACAACUUUCCUAAUUUCUUCUUCCUUUUUGGCCCAAAUUCUUCGAGUGGACACACCAGUGUGCUUGUCGGGAUUGAAAACGCUGUCAACUAUACUCUUCGGGUUAUCGGACCAAUCGUAAAAGGUUGGGCAGAGGCAUACGAGGUAAAAGAGGCAGCGUGUACGAACUGGACAGAUAUUGUUCAGCAGUCUUCGAGAGAGCGUAUUUGGGUCAAUGGUGGAUGCGGGAGUUGGUGGGUUGAUGAAACAAAAUGGAAUGGCAUGGUAUAUCCUUUCUCCAUGCUUUACGCUACUUAUGCCGCGACAUUUCCCAUUUGGGAUGAUUGGGUCCCUACUUACACCCCUGAGGGUGUUCUCCAGAGAAACAAACGCUCAAGCACUACAUUGGUGACUUCAGUGAGCCUCGCUAUUCUCAUGAUGUGCUUAUAUCAUGUUUCAUGGCAUGAAAUGACAACUGUUGGUUUGAAAGCUUAA